GAUAAGCAAAGAGAAAGAGAAAGGGAGGAUAAGCAAAGAGAGAGAAUGGGAGGAAAAACGAUGGGAAAUAGAACAAGAGAAGGAAUUGAAAAGAAUGCAGCUAGAGAAGGAUAAGGAAAUAGAACUGAAACGAUUGGAAUUGGAAAAAGAGAAAUUGGCACUGUCUCAACCACACAUUAUUAACCAAGAAGGGAAUGGUAGGACUGAAGCGUCUGAUCUACUUCUGAAGAGAUUCCCAAAGUUUAAUAAAGAUGAUGAUGUGGAAAAGUUUUUGAUUUCUUUUGAGAGGUGCUGCAGAGAUUUUGAAAUUGAUGAAGGAAAAUGGAUGCUUUAUUUAAGACCCCAGAUUUGUGGUAAAUUGUUAGAAAUAUAUGGUGAUGUACCUGAAGAGUUACACCGAGAUUAUAACUUCUUUAAAAAACAGGUACAACAGAAAUUGCAACUCACACCUGAAUUUUAUCGUUUAAAAUUCAGAUCCCUGAGGAAAGAAAAGGCCCAGAGCUUCUCAGAAGUAGCCUCAAAACAAGCCCAAUUAUUUGAUAGUUGGCUCAGAACCUCAGAAGUGGAAAAUUUUCAACAGCUGAGGGAAUUAAUUAAGUUGGAACAACUGUUUCAAUUAGUGCCCUCAGAUUAUCGGUGGUUAGUUCAAGACAGAAAGCCAUCAACUGCCGAUGAAGCAGCUGCCAUGACAGAUCAAUUAAUCACUCUGAGGGAAGGAUUUAGGAAGGAUGAGGGAGUAAGUGAGAGAAGGCAGAAUAAACCGCCAUUUUACAAUUAUCAAACACACACACAAUACAAAAAGACGCCUGCAGUAGAAAACACCGCCUACAGGAGGCCUGAGGUAAUUAAUCAGACCAAACCUGAGGUAAAAGCAAGGUGCUAUCAGUGUGGAAAGUCUGAUCAUCUAAAAUACCAAUGUCCUCUUUUAAGAAGAGAUAAAACAUCCUUCUUUAUGAAUAAAGAGCCCAAAGAAAAUACUCUUAAUAGGGAUAUUAAGUUGCUAAGCAGUACUGAAACAGUCCCUAGGGAGAAACAAUGUUUAUUUAUUUUAUCCGAUGAUUUUUCUGAAGAUUAUUUUGAGCCUAUCACUAUUGUGAACCAACAAAAACAAGGUUGGAGGGAUACAGGAUCCCAGGUGUGUGUUAUCCACCCAAAAUCGGUACCUCAGAAAUAUCAAAAGCCCACCUCUGAGAUAAAUCUAAAGGGUUUGGGACCAGCUGUACCAGCUGAGGUAGUAUCUCUCCCAAUUGAAUACAAUGGAUGGAAAGGGAUCUGGGACUUUGCAAUUAGCUCAGAUAUCCCUCAUGAAUGUUUAAUCGGCAAUGACCUAGCUAGACAAGUUAAGAACUGGAAAAAGUUGUGUGAGGAGAAGGAAAAUUACAACAGAAGCCCUAUUCAGGAAGCAGUGUGCUUACCUAUUCAACCAGAAUCUGAACAGGGUCCAGAAUCCAGUUCCGUCAUUAUUGAAAUUGUUAGUAAAACAGGGGGAGUUCAAGAAAUUAAACAAGCUCAGGAGGAAGAUGAAUCCCUGAAGCCUUUGUUUAAGCAAGCUGAAAGUUUACCAGAUUCAGCAGAAGAACUACCCAAUAAAUUUGUUACAAAAGAUGGUGUGCUUUACAGAGAAAGCAAAAGUUUGAAAUCAGAAGAAAGGUCAGAAAUACAUAGUCAGAGUUUCACUGAAAUUGAAAGGCAAGCGCAGGUGGCUGAGAAACUGAAGGAGCAACAGGCAGAGAGGCUGGGCAUGGGCUUGGUGUCCAGGAGCUCUAUUUCUCACUCUGUCCUCUCUGAGAUGCAAGUGAUAGAACAAGAAACGCCAGUGACUACAAAGUCCACACGGUCCCAGCUAGAUCUCUUUGAAGACAUCGGAAGCUUCACAUCUGGACCACCAAAGUACAAAGAUAAUCCUUUUUCAUUAGGCGAUGCCUUCAGCUCACAGUGGGAGACAGACAACUCCUCUUGGGAAAUGGACAAAGGGGAAGAGGAGGCAGACAUUGCCAUCUCCAGCAUCCGGCCUAUUGGUGACAGACCCAUUAACAGAAGAGAGACAGAGAGCAAGAUAUCAGUAGUGGAGUCCAAUGAAGCUCAGCAGAAGUUUGCAGGGGCCAAAGUCAUCUCAUCUGAUAUGUUCUUUGGACGGGAAGCUGAUACAGUUCCAGUGGCUGAAUAUUUGACCGAUCUUCAGUCAACAAUGAGAGUGGCAAGAGACAUCGCACAAGAACAUCUAGCUGUAGCCCAGCAGAGACAGAAGAGCUACUAUGACAGGUCAGCCAAACCAAGAAGCAAGCGGAGGUUAUUUUUCGAUGGAGAGAGUGGUAAAGACCCUGACGUGAUGGGGAUUGGUAGUUUUAACCAUCAGCAAUUUACUUUCAAGAUUUUACAAAAAUGCUUGGAAUAUGUAUCGCAAGACUUCUUAAAUGACUCUUGGAAGUUUCGCAAAAAGACAUUUUGGGAGAGAGAGAGUUCAUUGGGUUGCUGGGAAGGACGAGUGUAAUUAUCCCCAACAACAUGUUAACCUCUGGAAUGCUCCGCAGAAGGAAACAUCGAUGAACUGUGCCAGGUGGCAUGAAGAAGAUCCCUAUGAAAUGUACUGAGUAUCGGAAGAUGUUUAGUCCAGUGUAUAAAUAAAGACUUGGGGAAUAACCCUGAAUGAAAAUUAAACUGUUACAAAUAUGAUUUAUGGAAAAUGUAUUUUUAAAAUGUCUUUUGAUUUGAGGUUGUGAAUCUUAACAAUGGGAAAGAUGAUCAAUCCAUUUAUGGUUUGUAUGUUGAAUGGUGACAAUGUCAUAACUGUAUGGUAAGAUAUGGACAUGUUAUGUGUAUAUGCAACAGUGAAGGUUUGUAUUUUAUGAUUUAUGUAUUGUAUCUAACUUUGUGUUUUAUUUCAGGAAUACUGUUGUGUAUGUAUAUAUGUGUUUAUUAAUUAUUUUUGCCCAUUCUAGGCAUAGAAAAGGCAAAAAUAAUCUUUCUUAGGGGGGAGGUGUAAGGAUGUUAUGAGUUAAUGGGAAUUAUUGAUAUGAUUUUAUUUGUUUAUUGAAAGGAAAAAGGGGAGUUAUGUAUUGAUGAAGACAGGUCUCACAUGGAAGCCAGCUGUGUUCAGCGGGUUGCCAUGGCAACGUAACCUCUCUCUGGAGGAAAAAGGGGCGUGGCUAGGAUGACAGUUGGAGCAUAUUCCCUUUUAAAAGUUGAGUUGCUGUGAGGGUUUUAAAGUCCUAAUUAGAGGGAAAGGAAUCAUUGUUUUUUAUCCAAUUGCUGCCAG